AUGUUUGUGACACUCGAGAUCGUUCCGUUCAUCCUGCUCGGCCUCGCCGUUGCAUAUUACUUGGUGCCGUACUUGCAAAAGUCGCAUCUGCGCGACAUUCCCUCUGCCGGGUUUUCCGCGUUCACCAAUGUUUGGCUACUGUUGCAGGCACGUCGAGGUAAAAAGUACUUGACAAUCGAUGAGGCUCACAAGAAGUAUGGAAAGCUGGUCCGCAUUUCACCUACCCAGGUUUCUAUUGCCGACGAUGAGGCUAUUCAGGGUAUCUACGGACACGGCAAUGGUUUCUUGAAAGCGGAUUUCUAUGACGCCUUUGUCUCUAUCCGCCGUGGCUUGUUCAACACCCGUGACCGUGCCGAGCACACCCGCAAGCGCAAGACCGUUUCCCACACCUUCAGUGCCAAGUCCAUUGGCCAAUUCGAGCAGUAUAUCCACGGCAACAUUGAGUUGUUCGUGAAGCAAUGGAACCGCAUGUCCGACCUCCAGGGUGACCCCAAGACCGGCUAUGCGAGCCUCGACGCUCUCAACUGGUUCAACUAUCUUGCCUUCGAUAUCAUCGGUGAUCUGGCUUUCGGUGCUCCCUUCGGCAUGCUCGAGAAGGGCCAGGAUAUUGCCGAAAUGCGCCUGGACCCCAAGGACCCUCCCAAGUACGUUGCCGCUGUGGAAGUUCUGAACCGUCGUGGCGAGGUUUCUGCCACGUUGGGCUGUAUGCCGUCUCUCAUUCCCUACGCCAAGUACAUCCCGGAUCGCUUCUUCUCUGAAGGCCUGCAAGCCGUUGAGAACCUUGCUGGUAUCGCCAUCGCUCGUGUCAACGAGCGUCUCAAGCCGGAGAUCAUGGCCAACAACACCCGUGUGGAUCUUCUCGCCCGCCUUAUGGAAGGCAAGGAUGAAAAUGGUAACAAGCUUGAACGCGCCGAACUGACCGCCGAGGCCCUCACUCAACUGAUUGCUGGCUCUGACACCACCUCUAACACCUCCUGUGCCAUCCUAUACUGGUGCAUGAUUACCCCGCACGUUCUCCCCAAGCUGCGCAAGAUCCUAGACGAAGCCAUUGCCAAGGACAUCGAAGUUCCCACAUACGCUAUGGUGAAGGAAAUCCCUUACCUCCAAUGGGUAAUCUGGGAAACGAUGCGCAUCCACAGCACGUCUGCCAUGGGUCUUCCUCGUGAGAUCCCAGCCGGAUCCGGCCCUGUCGUGAUCUGCGGACACACCUUCAAAGCCGGCGAUGUUCUUUCAGUGCCUAGUUACACCAUCCAUCGCUCAAAGGAAAUCUGGGGCCCGGACGCCGAACAGUUCGUCCCAGAGCGAUGGAGUCCCGAGCGUCUCAGCGCUCGCCAAAAGGCCGCCUUCAUUCCCUUCAGCCACGGUCCUCGCGCUUGUGUCGGCCGUAACGUCGCCGAGAUGGAAUUGCUCGCUAUCUGCGGUACUGUGUUCCGACUAUUCGAGUUCGAGAUGCACCAGGAUGGACCCAUGGAGACGCGUGAGGGAUUCCUGCGCAAGCCGCUUGCUUUGCAGGUUGGUAUGCGUCGUCGUCGGGUCUGA